UUAAAAAUCAUGAAGAGUCACUUCCACAGAAGCUUCUAAGAGCGAGAAUCGGUCUUCAAUGGUAUAGCUGCGGAGCUGUCUUUUCAGUGGCUUGGAAAUGAGAUUGCAUCGUUUCUCUUUUCUCCUGCCUGAGUGGCAUUAGUGUUGGAAUAUAUUUGCUUCGAACCAACAGGUGAAACUUAAAUCCUGAUAGCUGGCCAAAUAUAAACCAGUGUAAUGCUGAAAUGAGAUGAGGCUCCGAAAUGGAACUGUGGCCACAGCGUUAGUUUUCAUCACCUCUUUCCUCAGUUUGUCUUGGUACACGGCAUGGCAAAAUGGGAAAGAAAAGCUAAUUGCUUAUCAAAGGGAAUUUCAUGCUCUGAAGGAACGUCUUCGCAUAGCUGAGCACAGGACUCUCCAGCGCUCCUCUGAAUUAAAUGCCAUCUUGGAACAGUUUAGACGUGCCGUGGCAGAAACAAAUGGAAGUAAAGAUGCAUUGAAUAGCGUUUCAGAUGAAACAUUAAAGUUGCUGAAGGAGCUAACAAGCAGAAAAUCUCUUCAAGUGCCAAAUAUAUAUUACCACUUGCCUCAUUUGCUAAAAAAUGAAGGAAGUCUUCGGCCUUCUGUGCAGAUUGGCCUUGGACGAACAGGAGUUUCUAUAGUAAUGGGAAUUCCUACUGUAAAGAGAAAAGUAAGAUCUUACCUUACUGAAACUCUUCACUCUCUGAUUGAUAAGUUAUCACCGGAAGAGAAACUAGACUGUGUUAUGGUCGUCUUCAUUGGAGAGACUGAUCUUGAUUACGUAAAUGGUGUUGUCGCAAGCCUAGAAAAGGAAUUUUCUGCUGAAAUAAGUUCUGGCUUAGUAGAGGUAAUAGCCCCACCUGCAUCAUACUAUCCUGACCUAACAAACUUAAAAGAGACAUUUGGAGACUCAAAAGAGAGAGUCAGAUGGCGGACAAAGCAAAAUCUGGAUUAUUGUUUUCUUAUGAUGUAUGCACAGAAAAAAGGUGUUUACUACAUUCAGCUGGAGGAUGACAUCGUUGUCAAGCAGAAUUACUUCAGCACAAUUAAAAAUUUUGCGCUUCAGUUGUCCUCUGAAGACUGGAUGAUUCUUGAGUUUUCUCAGCUGGGAUUCAUUGGAAAAAUGUUCCAAUCUCCAGAUAUUACUCUCAUUGUAGAGUUCAUAUUUAUGUUUUAUAAGGAAAAACCUAUCGACUGGCUCUUGGAUCACAUUCUUUGGGUGAAAGUUUGCAACCCUGAGAAAGAUGCAAAACAUUGUGAUCGGCAGAAAUCAAACCUUAGAAUACGCUUCAGGCCUUCUCUUUUCCAGCAUGUUGGCCUGCAUUCCUCUCUAGCAGGGAAGAUUCAGAAGCUCACAGACAAAGACUUCUUGAAACCAUUACUGCAUAAAAUUCACGUGAACCCACCUGCAGAGGUUUCAACGACUUUAAAGGUCUAUCAGGGGCAUGCCCUUGAAAAGGCCUACAUGGGUGAAGACUUCUUCUGGGCAGUUACACCAAUUGCUGGGGACUACAUCUUGUUUAAAUUUGACAAGCCUGUUAAUAUAGAGAGAUACCUGUUCCACAGUGGUAACCCAGAGCAUCCAGGCGAUAUAUUCAUCAAUACAACAGUAGAAGUUUUACCUUUCAAGAGUGAAGACUUGGAAUUAAGCAAAGAAACCAAAGAGAAACGAUUAGAAGAUGGAUAUUUCAGAAUAGGCAAAUUUGAAAAUGGUAUAGCAGAAGGAACAGUUGAUCCCAGUCUAAAUCCUAUUGCAGCUGUCCGACUUCUGAUAAUACAGAAUUCUUCUGUCUGGGCAAUUCUAAAUGAGGUUCAUAUUAAAAAGCUCCCUAACUGAUCAGUCAAGAGGAAGGAAGAAAAAAAAAAAGAUUGGUCUUUUUGUAAAGUUUUCUAUGAACUCUUCAAAUCGCAGAGCGAAGACACUGAUCAUGCACCUUAUUUCCAACUCUUCUUUCUCACUGAAAUGCUACCUCCUGUGAAGUCUACUGUAGACGGAAGACUGAUCCAAUAACAGUUAAUUACAGUCUUAAAACUGAUACUUUUCUGGUGGUAUUUAUCUAGAUUCACAAUUUCCUCCAUCUGAACAUGACUUUGCUGCAUAAGGAUCAUAGAAAUCUCUUUAACCUAUCAAUGGUGAUAGGUUAUACUAUGUAAAAGUUGUACAUAUUGUUACAUUCCUUGAAGAUGAAAACCUAUAAUUGUUAAAAUACAUUUUGUGAAGGGGUACUUUUUGGAGGUUCAUUUAUUUUGCUAAUGCAAACCCUCUUUUAUAGAUUAUCAGGGAUAUAUAUUCAAAACAUUAGGGAUAUUUAAUUUAUUAAAAUAAUUUGAAAAGUACAUAUUUUUAUGCAGGAAAUAACUUGAUGCAGUUUUUUUUUAAAUGAAUCACCUCACUUCUUUGAGUUAACUCUACAUUUUGCUUUGAUAAGUAAAGCAACCAUAUUUUGUAAUGUACUGCCAUGGUUAGGAAAGCUAAACUGAGUUUGCAAAUGAAGCACUUUUUGUAGCAUUCCAUGGGCCAAAUCUACUGAGAAACGUCUCUUGUGUGAGUCUGUUAAAAUUAAAGGGGCUUGUACAAGAGCAGUUCCCUGUAGGUUAUGUCCAAAGUCUAAGGUAGUGUUGUUCAAAAGCAAAAUCAUGACAUGCUGUGAUUUGAAGAACAUUCCCCAUAUUCACAGUCCGCAACAUGUAAUCCUAGAAAGCAUGUUGAGGAAAUUUUGUACUUAGCAGGGGGUGUUACAUCUGCAAUGACUUGAGGUGUGAUUGAUCUCCUCUUAAAGGGAAAUUUUGAUAAUAGGCUAUUUCUUUUUAACCUUUGUAGAGUCUUUAGAACACACCCAAGUUGUUCCUCAAGACAAAAGAGCAUUCUGAUGUGUCUGCAUUUUUUUAAAAAAAUUGUUUUUGCAUCUCCUUUUAUAUGAACACUGUUCAGUCUUUUGGAAUGACUCCAAUUACCAUUUUAUUAGGAUUAAUAAUAGAGAUACACAAUAACCUCAGCUGAGCUUUUAAAAUGUGACUGUCAGAGUAUUUAAUUCAUUGUUGUCGUGGCUUCCUUUUUCCUUAAGAGGGCCCAGCUCCUGCUCAAAGCAUUGCACUCCAGCUGACUGAAGUGAGAUCUAAAUGCUUGUUGUCUUUUGUACUUCAAGGAUGAACAUGAAAAAUGCUUGCCUGGUCAGUAGCCUUGAAGAGAGGCAGUUCAAGCACUUUGUGCUUUGCAGCACAGUAAACAUGCAAUAGUAUAUUAUUGUAAAAAAAAGAUUCUUAAAUCAUACCCCAGCCAAGAUAUGAGAAGCUGAGCUUUUACCUCAACUGCACAUCUGUGACCCAUGCAAGUAAACAAAGUUUACUCCAUUGGUGUAGCUUGUGUCAUGAGCUAAUUCUUAGAUACUUUUGUAUCUUGGAUGUGAGCUUUUGCCAAAAACUGUUGUCUUGCCUUCUUUCAAGAAUGUGAUGUAUUAUAUUGAUGUGAUUGGGUUGUCUGCUUGCUUUAUUUUUUGAGUCUGUUGUGAGCCUGUCCAUUUUUUUUU